AAAAGGCAAGUUGCUUUUUUAACGAGAUUUGUUUUUUUUGUUCAAGCAAUCCCAGCAGUUAGAAUUUAGAAAACAGAUAGCCAAAGCAAGUUGAGGAAGCGGGUAUUGGAAGAGGUUGGACGGGAGCAUUCGAAUCCGCAAAGGAACUUUUGGUUGUAUUUCAAAUGACGUUCCAAGCGACGGGGAGCACGUAAAGAAACCUGGGCCUCCAAUCCUUUUUGCUCCAAGUCUCGCACCUUUAUUCCUUCCACGUUACUGGCUUUUCAGCCUGCAAUGGACCAAUUUCUUCCUUCCCUCAUGCGACAGCCCCUCGAAGAUCAGCAUGAGGGCCGUCAAGUCGGGCCGCAGCUCGAACUCGUCCUAAGAGUCUUGGAAGAAGAACGAAAGAGACAGGAGGAAAUUCGAAAAACAAAGGAACUGGAAUUGGAAAUUUUGAGAUUGAGGGAUAGUAUCCAAAAAGCGGACGUCUGUGGGAGUGGUGCUGGCCAUACUCCAACUUCGUCAGAUCCAAUACCUCCGCCGCCGAUCAAGGAUCCAUCCCCAGUAUCGCAAGCAGAACUUCCAGUCACCCUCACCAACCUUGUAAAUUUCCAAUUUCCCGUACAAUUCUCUGCUCCUCCUUCAACAUGGGCGCAACCUACUCCCGUCCCCAUCUCCUCUUCGUUUGUUGAUUACACAAAUUUCUUGCACGAUCUGCAGACUCCCAUGCCUCUGGACGAACUUUUCCAAUCUCCUGAAUUUGCUUCUUCGGCGGCAUUUGAUUCGCCGCCCGCUCAGCGAGAACAUGGGGCAGUUCUCUCCAGCACAAGGCCUACCGGCAGAGUUCCGGUAUGAUGAAACCUUGCAGGCCGGGUUACCUGCAUAUCAGAACAUUGAAGACUUUUUUACGGAUCAAUGGAAUCCUUUACCAUUGGCAGAGAACACGGCUGGACUUCCGACACCUCCUACCCCGCAAUAUGUACGCGCAUCAUCUCCAAAUGUCUCAAUUCUUCCCCCAUACCAUUUGCCGUCACCUCCUCUGCCAUCCCAAAUACUGCACACUGGAACAAACACCCAGCAACACUUGCCACCUUCGACGUUAUCAACUCCAACAGCCCGUCCAAUGACCUCGCAAGGGCCGAAUUCCUUGACGUUUUCCAUCAUCCCUCAACCAGACCAACGGUCUGCGCAACAUGACUCAUCCACCCAACAGCGCCGAAGCUCCGCCAAAUUCGCUCCUGCCCGUCCCUCCACUCCCAACAAAUCUACCCGCGACACAAGCGGUCGCAAAAAGAUCAUUGACCACACUGUCCAUUGCAAGCGCUGCAAAAACGAAAUUGCAACUUUCCUUUUACAUCCCGAGAGCAAAAAUGUUCCUCCACUCAAUUUUGCCGUCGACAUUUUGUGCGUAUCCUGUGAAGGCCGCAAAGAUUCUUUGGAGGUGGAUGAUACGUCCAUGGUAUUAGCCGGGCGUCGCAAGCGCUUACAUGACGAUUAUGGCAUGGAUUGUGAGAUUUGCAAGCGGAGGAUAGGAAGUGGUGGGUUCAAGUUUUCCGAAGAGCGAGAGCUCCAAGCUAUUGGUGUUGGCGGAAAGGUGCGGGACGAAGACGGAGCCAUGGUGGAAGAGGCUAUGGAUUUCCGAGUGGAACCCAUCUGUGCUUCUUGUCGGGUAAAAUACAAAUUUUGUACAGAGUGCGGAGGCGGCGGUAAAUUCCGCACGGGCAAGUACCGGCCUGUCGAACUCUUUGCAUCUAACCGCCGUACGUGCCUCUUGAGCCACGUCCGUCUCGGUGGCGCCCCUGUUACCUAUGAAGUCUACUUGACCCCCACCAACGUAUGCGAAUCGCUGUAUAACGAGUCCCGCGAAGUUCACAUGGACGGAUUCUAUGGGCUAUACGCCACGCCCGAGGUCAUUGAAGCCGCCAUCACCCAACUGGAAUCGUACGCAAAAGUGGAAGAAUGGGCCAACAAGGGGUGGAGGUCGGCCGAACGCCUUUUAAGAGAGGAUGUGGAAAAGACUCGCGGAUUAAGACGGUACCUGGCUGUUGUGUACGUUGAGAAACCCCAAUCGCGCGUCAGGGGUGCAACGAUCAAACGCAUCAAAGCGAAUGCCAAAAACCCUCAUUCCACUGGUCCGGGGUUACCUCCUCCCCAAACCACCCCAUCGUCAACAUCAACUCCCUCCGCAUCUCCUUCCUUUGAAUCCUCCUCACCAUCCGGCACAGCAACUACACCCGAUCACGACUCCCCUCGUAUCCAAGUCGCCUACGGAUCCGCCGAAUGGGAUAUUAGCACCGGUACCGUCCUCUUCGCCAACGGUUAUGUCCGAACCACAACCGUCUCCACCCUCCCCAUCCUCCGCGGCAUGCACGAACGCCUCCUCCGACAAUGUCUAACAGAUUCUGCAACCGUCCAAGCCCCUGUCCCCGUCAAACACGUCUGGAUGCUCGCGAGAAGAGAUCACCUCCGUGUUCAAUCGUAUGUAGAACGAAUGGGGUUCAAACCUUUGGAUGAGUAUGUGAGGAUGAACCCUGGUGUAGAUAAAAGUUUGUUUGAGAGGGAGGUUCAUGUUCCCAGGGAUUUAUUUAGAUGUUUUGUUUGUUCUGUGCAUGAGUUUUUGAGGGAGGGGGAGAGGGAGAGGAAUGGGGGUGUUGGGGGAUGUGGGAUAGGUGGAGGGUAUAGAGGGGUUUGGAGGUAGAAUUCUGUUCAUGUUGGGGGUUUGGGGUUUUUGACAUAAAGUGUGGACUCAAACGGGUAUGUUUUUGGCAAGUAUUUUGGUAUGUUGCAUCUGUCUGUUUCCAGCGGAUGGAUGGACUGGAAGAGAAUGUAUCAGAGUGGACGGAUGCAGAGUAACGUACAUUUGUGGAAUAGAAUGGAAAAAAAAAACAGCAUUCUCCGGUCCCUUUGAAAAAAAGGAAAAAACCAG